GCCGCUCGCUCGGGGCACCGGCGGCAGGAGCGCAGCGAGAGACGGCGGGCGCCCUGGGACUCCCCGGCAGGUUCUGGCGGCCAGCGCGCCAUGCGGGGCACGUGCGCCCCCCGGCUCUAACCUGCGCGCUGACUGGAGCAUGAUCUGUGCCUAGGCCGGGGCUGCCAAGGAAUCGAUGCGCGUACACGUGGUGGGUCAUUAUGCUGCUGCACCUGUGUAGCGUGAAGAACCUGUACCAGAACAGGUUUUUAGGCCUGGCCGCCAUGGCAUCUCCAUCCAGGAACUCCCAGAGCCGUCGCCGGUGCAAGGAGCCUCUGCGGUACAGCUACAACCCCGACCAGUUCCACAACGUGGACCUCAGGGACGGCCCCCUCGGCGCUGUCACCAUCCCCCGCUCCACCAGUGACACCGACCUGGUCACCUCAGACAGCCGCUCCACGCUGAUGGUCAGCAGCUCCUACUACUCCAUCGGGCACUCGCAGGACCUGGUCAUCCACUGGGAUAUCAAAGAGGAAGUGGACGCCGGAGACUGGAUUGGCAUGUACCUCAUCGAUGAGGUCCUGUCUGAAAACUUCCUGGACUAUAAGAACCGUGGAGUCAAUGGUUCUCAUCGGGGCCAGAUCAUCUGGAAGAUUGAUGCCAGCUCUUACUUCGUGGAACCGGAAACAAAGAUCUGCUUCAAAUACUACCACGGAGUGAGUGGAGCCCUGCGAGCAACCACCCCCAGUGUCACAGUCAAGAACUCGGCUGCUCCUAUUUUUAAAAGCAUUUGCACCGAGGAGACCGCUCAAGGGCAAGGAAGCCGGAGGCUGAUCAGCUUUACUCUCUCAGAUUUCCAGGCCAUGGGGCUGAAGAAAGGGAUGUUUUUCAACCCAGACCCUUAUCUAAAGAUUUCCAUUCAACCUGGGAAGCACAGCAUCUUCCCUGCCCUCCCUCACCAUGGGCAGGAAAGGAGAUCCAAGAUCAUUGGCAACACUGUCAACCCCAUCUGGCAGGCUGAGCAAUUCAGCUUUGUGUCCUUGCCCACUGAUGUGCUGGAAAUUGAGGUGAAGGACAAGUUUGCCAAGAGCCGCCCCAUCAUCAAGCGCUUCUUGGGAAAGCUGUCGAUGCCCGUUCAGAGACUCCUGGAGAGACACGCCAUAGGGGAUAGGGUGGUCAGCUACACACUUGGCCGCAGGCUUCCAACAGAUCAUGUGAGUGGACAGCUGCAGUUCCGAUUUGAGAUCACUUCCUCCAUCCACCCAGCAGAUGAUGAGGAGAUUUCCCUGAGUACCGAACCUGAGUCCGCAGAAAUUCAGGAUCGUCCCAUGAACAACGUGGUGGAAGGCAGACCACGGGAACCUCUGUAUGAUGCACCACAGCCCACAGAAAGCAUGAAGCCAGAGCAGCCUGGUGAGGGCAGUGCCAUGGAUGGCUUGGGAAGCCAGAGUCUGGAGCUUGCCCAGCCACUGGAGGAAGCAGCAGGCACCGAGGCAGGAGACGAUGGCAUGUUCUCUGUGGGACCCAAAGCCGUUGAGGAGCUUCAGGCCCUGGGACAAGAGGGUACCCAGCCUGUCCUGAGUGCGGAAGAGCUCGCUGAGGGGUUGGACCUGGGUGAGGAGAUGCCACUGCCAAUGCUGGUGGAAGCUGGCCAAUCCCCAGGCCAUGCAGAGGAGCCGAUGGUGGAGGAAACCAUGACAGAGGGCUCAGCCAGAAGGGAGGAUGAAAAGGAGCAGGAGCUGGAGGAGGAGGAGGAGGAGGAGAUGUCUGUCCUGGAGCAGGGAGAGGACAGGCUGCAGCUGCGGGCCUCCACGAAGAGGAAAAGCCGGCCCUGCUCCUUACCUGUGUCUGAGCUGGAGACGGUCAUCGCGUCGACCUGCGGGGACCCGGAGACCCCUCGGACGCACUACAUCCGUAUCCACACCCUGCUGCACAGUAUGCCCUCCGCGCAGCGUGGCAACAUCGGGGAGGAAGCGGAGGGUCCCGAGGAGGAGUCAACACUCAAGGACUCCUCGGAGAAGGACGGGCUCAGCGAGUUGGACACGGUAGUUGCUGACCUGCCUGCCCUGGAGGAAGAUGGAGAGGAGGGGGCGACCCCGGGCAUGGCACCCCAUAGCCACUCCGGGGACCCCUUCUCCGGCCUGGCCAACGGCUCGGGGCUGGACGGCGAGACGCACCCCAGCACGGGCAGCGAGAGCGACUCGAGCCCGCGGCAGGGCGGGGACCACAGCUGCGAGGGCUGCGACGCGUCCUGCUGCAGCCCCUCCUGCUACAGCUCCUCAUGCUACAGCACGUCCUGCUACAGCAGCUCCUGCUACAGCGCCUCCUGCUACAGCCCCUCCUGCUACAACGGCCACAGCAGGUUCGCCAGCCACACCCGCUUCUCCUCCGUGGACAGUGCCAAGAUCUCCGAGAGCACGGUCUUCUCCUCCCAGGACGACGAGGAGGACGAGAACAGCGCGUUCGAGUCCGUGCCCGACUCGGUGCAGAGCCCGGAGCUGGACCGCGAGUCCGCCAACGGCGCCGGGCCGUGGCAGGACGAGCUGGGCGCCCCCGGAGGGGACGAGGUGACCCCAGCGGAAAGGCUGGAGUCCCCUGUGGCAGGUCCAAGCCAUCGGAGAGAAGGUCACUGUCCUAGACUCCAUAAUUCUCAGCCAGUAAGCCAGCUGCCUUCCUUGAGGCCUGAGCAUCACCACUACCCAACAAUCGAUGAGCCUCUUCCACCAAACUGGGAAGCUCGAAUUGACAGUCACGGCCGGGUCUUCUACGUGGACCACGUGAACCGGACGACCACCUGGCAGCGUCCGACGGCGGCACCCGCCCCUGACGGCAUGCGGCGGUCGGGGUCCAGCCAGCAGAUGGAGCAGCUCAACAGGCGGUACCAAAAUAUUCAGCGAACCAUCGCAACGGAGAGGCCUGAAGAGGAUUCUGGCAGCCCGAGUUGUGAGCAGCUCCCAGCAGGAGGCGGCGGAAGCGGCGGGGGUGGAGGUGGCGGAAGUGACUCAGAGGCAGAAUCUUCUCAGUCAACCUUAGAUCUGAGGAGAGAAGGGUCGCUUUCUCCAGUGACUUCACAGAAAAUCACCUUGCUGCUGCAGUCCCCGGCUGUGAAGUUCAUCACCAACCCUGAAUUCUUCACCGUUCUGCAUGCCAAUUACAGUGCCUACCGCGUCUUCACCAGUAGCACCUGCCUGAAGCACAUGAUCCUCAAGGUCCGCCGCGAUGCUCGCAACUUUGAACGCUACCAGCACAACCGGGACUUGGUGAACUUCAUCAACAUGUUCGCCGACACGCGGCUGGAACUGCCCCGGGGCUGGGAGAUCAAAACGGACCAGCAGGGCAAGUCUUUCUUUGUGGACCACAACAGUCGAGCCACCACUUUCAUUGACCCCCGAAUCCCUCUUCAAAACGGCCGUCUCCCCAAUCAUCUGACUCAUCGACAACACCUCCAAAGGCUCCGGAGUUACAGUGCUGGAGAGGCCUCAGAAGUCUCUAGAAACAGAGGAGCCUCUUUACUGGCCAGGCCGGGACACAGCCUAGUAGCUGCUAUUCGAAGCCAACAUCAACAUGAGUCAUUGCCACUGGCAUAUAAUGACAAGAUUGUGGCAUUUCUUCGCCAGCCAAACAUUUUUGAAAUGCUGCAAGAGCGUCAGCCAAGCUUGGCAAGAAACCACGCACUCAGGGAGAAAAUCCAUUAUAUUCGGACGGAGGGUAGUCAUGGGCUUGAAAAGUUGUCCUGUGAUGCAGAUCUCGUAAUUUUGCUGAGUCUCUUUGAAGAAGAGAUUAUGUCCUACGUCCCCCUGCAGGCUGCCUUCCACCCUGGUUACAGCUUCUCUCCCCGCUGCUCCCCCUGUUCGUCACCUCAGAACUCCCCAGGUUUACAGAGAGCCAGUGCAAGGGCCCCUUCACCGUACCGCAGAGACUUUGAGGCCAAGCUCCGAAAUUUCUACAGAAAACUGGAAGCCAAAGGAUUUGGUCAGGGUCCAGGAAAAAUUAAGCUCAUUAUUCGUCGGGACCACUUGUUGGAGGGAACCUUCAAUCAGGUGAUGGCCUAUUCCCGUAAAGAGCUCCAGCGAAACAAGCUCUACGUCACCUUUGUUGGAGAGGAGGGCCUAGAUUACAGCGGUCCCUCGCGAGAGUUCUUCUUCCUUUUGUCUCAGGAGCUCUUCAACCCUUACUAUGGACUCUUUGAGUAUUCUGCAAAUGACACUUACACGGUGCAGAUCAGCCCCAUGUCUGCAUUUGUCGAGAAUCAUCUUGAAUGGUUCAGGUUCAGUGGGCGUAUCCUAGGCCUGGCUCUGAUCCACCAGUACCUUCUCGACGCUUUCUUCACGAGGCCCUUCUACAAGGCGCUCCUGAGACUGCCGUGUGAUUUAAGUGAUCUGGAGUAUCUGGAUGAGGAAUUCCACCAGAGCUUGCAGUGGAUGAAGGACAACAUCAUUACAGAUAUCCUGGAUCUCACUUUCACCGUUAACGAAGAGGUUUUUGGACAGGUGACGGAAAGGGAGUUGAAAUCUGGAGGUGCCAACACCCAGGUGACAGAGAAGAACAAGAAAGAGUACAUUGAGAGGAUGGUGAAGUGGCGCGUGGAGCGCGGCGUGGUGCAGCAGACUGAGGCGCUGGUGCGGGGCUUCUAUGAGGUCGUCGACUCCAGGCUGGUGUCCGUGUUUGAUGCUCGGGAGCUGGAGCUGGUGAUCGCUGGCACUGCCGAAAUAGACCUGAAUGACUGGCGGAAUAACACGGAGUACCGGGGAGGUUACCAUGAUGGGCAUCUUGUGAUCCGCUGGUUCUGGGCUGCAGUGGAGCGGUUCAAUAAUGAGCAGAGACUACGUUUGCUUCAGUUUGUCACAGGAACAUCGAGUGUGCCCUACGAAGGCUUCGCAGCCCUCCGAGGAAGCAAUGGGCUUCGGCGUUUCUGCAUCGAGAAAUGGGGGAAAAUUACAUCUCUUCCCAGGGCACACACAUGCUUCAACCGACUGGAUCUUCCACCCUAUCCAUCGUACUCCAUGUUGUAUGAAAAGCUGUUAACAGCAGUUGAAGAAACCAGCACCUUUGGGCUUGAGUGAGGAAGUGUAAACUCAUCUGAUGGUUUUCUGGCCAGUGACAUCACUCUUUCUGGGAUGAUGCUCCUUUCCCUUUCCCUUAAUCAACUCCUUUGAUUUUGGUAUUCCAUGAUUUUUAUUUUCAAACCAAAUCAAGAUUGACUAAAGCUGUGCAUGAAGAACUGCCUUCUGAAAUCCAACCUUCAGGCGUAUAGCCUCUGUUUUCAAUGAACUGCUAGCCUUUAUGCAAUAUUAAAAAAACAGCUGUCUCAAGGUCUGUGUAUAUCUCCACAUACCUCCAUUACUAACAAUGAAAUAUGAAUGCAAGUUACGCUACACUUGACCAAAUGGUAAUUAAUGUUUACUUCCAUUUAUAUCAUUUAAGGGAAAUUAUGAGCAUCAAGCAUUCCAAGCUUUUAUAUGCCCAUGCCUUCUGAGCAGAGCCACCAUUUUUUUUUUAUUACUUCUAACAAGCAACUCCAGAACUAGAUGCUGACCAACUUUUCCUUUUCCUCCUGUUCUACUAUUCCCUGUGCAUAUUAUGCAUCCAAAGGACAGCAGUGACAAAACCAAAAUUUUUAUACAUUCAAUCCAUGAUUCAUAUGUGGCAUCAGUCCCAUCAGCUGGAACUAACAUAGACACAAGGUGCAAAUAUGACGCUUUCCAACAAAUAACAACAGCAAGAAAUGCUGAUGCGAUGCUGUGCGUAUCAGUGGUUGUGGGGAUUGUGGCCUCAACUUGAGUUCAGAGAAAUCUAGGAAGGGAAGCACCUCUAGUGAAUACUCACCACACAAGAAGCACAAACUUGUGCACGUGUCCAAGAAAGAAAUCUCAUUAUGUAAAAUAGAGGAUGAGGCUUCGACCCCCAUUGUAUUGUAUAGAAGGCGAUGAAGAAAACAGGAUAAAGGGAAGGACACAUCAUGUUGGCUUGAAUACCUGAGUUAUGUUUCAUUUUGUUACAUUUUCUUUUUUAAUCUAAGCUACAGUUCUCCUUCACAAAGAGAAAAAAUUUAGAGGUAAUAUCAUGACUUUUGUUAAAGCCAGGUAUGAUUUGCUUGGCAGACAGACUUUUUUUUUUUUUAACUUUGAUUUUUUUUUUUGCACAUGCUUCUUUUUAAAUCAUGGUGUUCAAAUCUCUUCAUAUCUGACUGUCCACAGGGACCACACUACAUAAGAAGUUGCAGAGAAUGAUGGUGCUUGUAAGGGAUCAAGGGCAAUAUAGUUCUUCUCCUUCCCCCAUAGCAAUCCUCCUGGAGCAGAAACCUAACACCCCAAAGGCACAUUGAUCUGUGUCAAAAUAAAUACCCAGUUUCUGUUAGCAUUUGUAAAAGGAGAUCUCAGAAAACAUAGUGUUUUCAGAAAAACAGUUGCAGACUCCAAAACAGCCUAACCUCUCUAUUACCUUUGAAAUAAACCAAACCAUGAUGGUCAAUUGCUAUUUUUCUAUCCUUGUUCUCCAUGUUGUCUAAAAUCGUCAUAAAUGAAAGUGUUUUUCUUAACUGGGAAAAGAAGAACUACAGGGGCCCCAUGACUUAAAUGCUGCACUGUGGCUUUCAAUGAACAAAGGCAAGGGGGAAAUGUGAGAAAUAUAAGAAGAAAUUAAUUUCAUAUGAAACCAUGCCUGGCACUCAUUUCACCAGUUUGUGUGUGGACAAUGUAUUAUUUGUGUUCCUAGCACCCCAAACUAAAAUGUUCUUCUGGUAGGAAUUAUUUACAAUGCCCAGUACCCCUUGCUGCUGUGUAUCUGUUGUCAAUCAGGGAGUAUAUGUUAUAGGAAAUCAGCCUUCUAUUGUCUUAAACGAAUAUUUAUCAUAAUGAGAUGGAAUGUGUACAUUAUAUGAUAUAGAGUUUGAGAGUCCUGUAAAAUUCAAUAUAUAGUUCAACAUCUGAAAAGCAAUGGAUUCUGCUGGAGCUAUUAUUUAUUAAAUCAGAACACAAAGAUUAUGCAAAUAAUUCCACCAUAUCCUUAUUCUCAUUUUUUGAACUGCAUGUAUAACAAGAGGGAGCAUCUUAGAUAUAAUACUCAUCAAUUCAAGUAUUCAGCAUUUAUUUUUAGUAUUUAUAUUAUUUGUUAGGCAUUGGCAAGGAAGAGAGUUGUUCAAGAGAUGGAACCUGCUCUCAGGGAGCUUUACAUUUUGCACAAGUGUCAUAUUAAUGAGCCCUAUUCUACCCAUAUAUAGAAGGAACAAGGUAGCUUAGAAAUAGAGAGAGAUAACUUGGACAUAAAUGCUUUUCCACCUAACUUUCCUUAUUCCACACCAAUGCCAUGGCUCUAGAUAUAUUACACAAAGCGUAACAGGAAGGAGUAAUGUACAAAACUCCAUAAGGAAAUACUGGUAUCAUCGUCAACUGAAAGAACACUAAGCUUGCUUAGCGGGGCCCCAGUAUUCCAUUACAAGUUUGCAUAGAAUCUUUAAGGAAGGAAAACAAAAAGAAGAAAAGCGAAGAAAUAAGUUAUAGAAUGAUCCUUUUUAUCUAUGACCACAAUGGUGUUUCUUUGGCUGAUAAUCCCUCUUUCAUGAGGCUAAUUUAAAAAUUAUAUAUAACGUUUACAUAUAUCGAUAGAUAUAGAUAUAUAACCAUCUACUGAACUGAAUUAUUUCAUUAAUUUCCCCAGGUGGAAAGGGGUAAACCAUGUAAUCAUGUAAUUUAUCAGUAAGGCUGAUCUGUUUGUUACCACCUGUAAUUUUUUUUUUUUUUAAUUUAAAGCAUGAGUUUUCUCCAUGAAGGCAAAUUGCAAAAUUAAUGACCUACAUGCCAAAACCCACUUUUACAUCUAGGGUUAGUAAGAGUGGAAUACCCUUAACUGGGAGAUAAACAAGAACAAUAAAUAGGAGCAAAUUUAUGAGUUACGAUUUUGAAAAAUGCUCUUAAAAUUCCAUAAAGUAUAAAAAAUAACUUCAUAGCUAUCACAAAUACUGUAUUGUAUAAUAUAAAGAUGAUCCUACCCAUAGAAAUUAACUCUGCAGGGCCAGGGAAAGUAUUCUAAAUCUAUUAAUUCUUUACAGCUUCUUGCAUCCAUAAGUUGACAGUUAUGAAAACUUUUUAUAACCAUCACUAUUGUAGCACAAAAAUUGCUCGGAGGGUGGUGAGAAAAUUAAGAAAGGGAGAUAUGUGAUAUUUUUGGCAGGCUUUAAAUAUGCAAGAUCUAAAUCCUUUUUUCUUUUAAUACAUGACCAUGCAUCCUUUAAUAGUAAGUACAUUUAUGUGUCACACCAGCAAUCUGGAUUUCCCAGAAUGUUUCUAAGAGUACAUCUAUCGCAUCAUCAGUCCAUGUAUCAAACCAUAAGUCCCAAAUUUGAGUUCAGAAUAUUUCUCAAUUGCCACAAAUGUUUUCCCAGUCAAGAUGAAACACUUUCAAAUGAAAGUAGUUAGAACUUUACACAACGAAUGUGGUGCUUUAUUAUUUAUUAUUAUUAUUAUUAUUGUUAUGUACUUUAGUGUUCAUUAUUAAAAUUACUGCAAUAUUAUAUUAUAAAAUUCUGGGUUGGAUGUUCCAGCCAUUAUAAGGUCCAAAAGAGAAAAUGUUGUUUUCCUGUUAGUGACAUUGUAGUUCCUUUAUUCUAGUAGAUAAAAAGGUGCCUAGAGGCAGUAUACAGAGUAAAUAUUGUUCCAUUAGCCUACUUCCUGCAGCUUCCAAUUUUUCUAAAGAAAUGUCUAUAAUAAUUUUGUUAAAAGUCUUUGUUCUAGUCAAUAGCAGGAAAAGUCCACAUUAUUGGACUGAUUUUGCUUACCUUGACAAGAGAAAUGUCACGUGAUACUCAGGCCACGCUUUCUCUUCCAUCACACCACCAUCAAGGAAUGUCAAUAAAUUCUCUUUGGUAUGGCA